AUGGAAAUCGAAAAUAUUGAAUCCCUGUUACAAAGGCUUGGAUUGGAAAACUAUUUAGAAGCUUUCAGAAAAGAAGAUAUUGAUUUAGAAAUAUUGAAAUCCAUGGGUGACAAUGAUUUUAAAGAGAUUGGUGUUGAAAAAAGGUUCGCAGAUGGUUCAGUAGAAGAAUUAAGGAUUGUGUUGAUCGGGAAAACUGGAACAGGGAAGAGUGCUUCAGGAAAUACUAUUCUUGGAGAGAAAGUGUUUACAUCAGGUGUUUCCGCUUCUUCUAUUACAGAUAAAUGUUGUGCAGAACACGCUAUCAGAUUUAACAAAAAAAUUUUGAUUGUUGAUACCCCAGGAAUUUUUGAUACUAAACAUUCAAUUGAAAAUAUUCAAAUGGAAAUAGCCAAAUGCAUCAGUAUUACGGCACCAGGUCCCCAUGCAUUUAUUCUGGUUUUAUCCGUGAGCAGAUACACAGAAGAAGAACACAACGCUGCCAUGCAUUUUGUUAAACAUUUCGGCGAAGACAUAUACAAAUAUUUUAUUGUUCUGUUUACACACAAGGAUGCUUUGGACAAUGAAGGAAUAACAUUAUCACAACACAUGGAGACACUUCCAAAAGCACUCAAAUUAAUCAUUGAAAAAAGUGAUGGAAGAGUACAUGCAUUUAAUAAUAAACUCAAAGGAGAAGAUAUGGAUACUCAAGUUUGUGAUCUUUUGUCAAAAAUUUCUCACAAUGUAGAGAAUAAUAAUGGCAAACACUACACAAACGAAAUGUAUGAAAAGGCCGAAAAAAUCAUUAGAGAAAGGGAAGAACAAGACAGGAAAAGAGCACAGGAAGAAAAAGAAAUGGAAUAUCAGGAAAUUGAAAAGAAUAUAGCUGAAAAAUAUGAAAAAGAAUACGCAGCCAGCAUGGAAUUGCUUCGUGAAAAGCAAAUUGAUUGA